AUGGACGCCGCCGCAGUGGGCAAAGAUAGUAAGUAAAGCAUUAAUAAAUAUAGUAGGUAUCAAGAAAUAGUAAUUUAUUAGUAUUUAAAAAAAUAACCGUAAUAUUUGUUUUUAUAUAUAUAAACAUAUAUAUAAAAGUUGUGAAAUGUGAAAAUGCAAUUCAAUUAUUGUUAAAAUAUGUAUCGUAAAUGGUCAAAUUUAUUUUAAAAUAUCGUCUUUGCCCGAUUCUGUCAAUAAAUGUCGGGCAACCCGCGCGCCGCCCUUCUAAAUCUAUGGAGCAAACAUGUCAAUUAUUAUUUUCGUUUUUGUCAGACAGAUAUUUUCAAUAUACCCGUCAGUUUACAACUAUAGUCUACCCAUGGAAUUAGAUAGAAUUAGUAAGUAGGUACUCCCGGAGUACAUACUAAUUCCUUGUAAUAACCCCAGGCUAUAUAAUCAAACGCCAAACGAAUGUCAAGAAUGAACGUUACAGUUUCCGAAAAAUAAUGUAAACUGACAACUGGUCAUUUUCUUAAUUCUUAAACGAAUCGAAGCAUGGUCUGUUACCUUCGCCUACCAAAUCUGUCUUCCUAUUUUAAAAUUAAAUUAGUAAUCAAACCACAAUCUAGAUGGCACUAGUAGUAGGUAGGUAACUAAAUUCAAUCGUUCCAACAUAUAUAUUUAAGGCGCCACACUUAUAAGAUUGACAUACUGAAAUAUCAGUCUCUAGCUCAGUAUUGAAUAAAUUUACGUAUACAUUGUAUGAAAAAUCCAUUCAAAUUAGCGUUUCUUGAAUGAACACAGUUUUUCAUUUAUUGCAAUACUGAAAUGGAGUGGCAGACAAUGAAACUGACAUCGUUUCCUGAACUUUUGAGGUCCUUUGAGAAAAGUUUGGGAUUUAAAAACGAUAUAAAAUGGAUCAAUUUCCUUGCAAUAACGCUGUACCAUGUGUUCGGAUUUUAUUGGUGUUUUCAUUACGCGUUUCCUGUUAAAUGGCAAACUGUGGUCUUUGCUGCGAUAAUGUACCUUGCGAGUGGUUUCGCAAUUACUAUUGGAGCACAUAGGCUCUGGACGCACAGAGCUUUCAAAGCUAAGCUUCCGUUUAAGCUUUUGCUAAUGAUGUUUUUUGCCAGUGCUGGUCAAAAUUCCAUAAAGCAAUGGGUGCGAGACCAUCGGAUCCAUCACAAGUACAGCGACACUGAUGCAGACCCACACAACGCCAACCGCGGUCUAUUCUUCUCACACAUCGGCUGGCUAAUGAUGAAGAAGAAUGAUAAGGUCUUACAGGCCGGGAAGCAAAUCGACAUGAGCGACAUUGACAAUGACAUCAAGAUUCUACAUAUUUAUGAGAAAUAUUUCAAUUUCUUCAAACUGCUGUUCUGCUACAUCCUGCCGACCAGCCUCGGCAUCUGGCUGUGGGACGAGAACUGGCGCUGCGCCGUCGCCUGGCAGUGCUUCAUCAGGUUCCUCUCUAUGUUCCACAGCGAACUCACUGUCAACAGCCUUGCCCAUGCCUAUGGAUACAAACCUUUAAGUAUGAACAUCGUACCAACAGAGAACCGCUUCGUAGCCACAUGUACUUUCGGCGAAGGCUGGCACAACUAUCACCACGCAUUUCCUUUCGACUACAAGGCAGCAGAGCACUUCGACUUCUUCAACUGGGCAACCAGGAUCAUUCAAUUCUGCGAAAAGAUUGGUUGGGCUUACGAUCUGAGGCAGGCCACUCCAGAAAUGAUUAAUUCCAUUGCAAAUAGAUUGGGUGAUGGAACCCCUGUACAUUUUCCGACUGGUAAAAAUUUGAAGCAAAAGGAAUGAUCUACAUAAUAUAGAUAAGAAUUAGUUAAGAAUGGUAGUACACAUGAUUAUUAUGCGUUAUGUAUUAAAUAUAGUAUAAGAAACUAAGAUUUGUAUAACAAUAUUUUUUUCUGAACGUUGUGUUUUUAGGAAAAAUAUUGUACCUACUAUGUAAAAAAUAUUACAUUAAGAUUUUCUUUUCAUCGGUUAUUUUGUAAGGAAACGAAAGCAAAUACAUAAAUUAUCUUCACUGGCCACGUAGCUCAAAUAUGAAUGACGAAAAGCCUAAUCAAAUUGGAAGGCGAAGUAAGCCUAAUCAAGUGACCUAAUUCUUUCGAUAGAAAUUCACCAAUCUCGAAAAUGAUUCGCCCGCUCGCAACACUGGAAAUUAAAAUCGAGUUACAGUCCAUUUGAUAGAUUAGGUCUGCGCCGUCCGCGGUCAAAUGGACAUAUGUCCAAAUCUCUAGAUAUGCAUCAGAGCUAACAAGUGACCCAAUGCGUUUGGCGGCCAAUCGACGGACUUUCUGUACGGCCUCUCACUGAUUACGGUACAGGUACAGUAGCCAUUUAGGGAAAUUUAAUUGUUAAUAAGAAAUUAUUGAAUGAGAUAAAAGUUGAUACGGAAUUGUUCAUCAAAUAUCCGAAAGAAAGAAAGACACAAUUUUCACCUAUUUAGGUCUUGAGGUGCUUUUUAAAUAAAUUGAAUUUUAAACUGUA